AUGGCAGGUUUAGGCUCUGUGCCUCAUGUUCACAUGACAGGACCCAAGGAAAGUGGAAUCCAAGUGCUGUGCUCCUCAAGUGGCUGGUUCCCAAAACCCAAGGUGCAGUGGACAGAUACCGCAGGAAUGAAGCUACCAUCCCUCCCUGAGUCUCACACCCAGAACAAGGAUGGGCUCUUUCAUGUGGAUUCAUCCCUUGUGGUCAUGGACAGCUCCCUGGGAAAUGUGACCUGCUCCAUCCAAAAUCCCCUCUCUGGCCAAGAGAAAACGUCCACCAUCUUCCUCCCAGAGCCCUUUUUCCCCAAGGCAUCUGUGUGGAAGUCAGCACUGGCUGGGACACUCCCAGUUCUGGGGCUCCUACUCAUAGGGAUCAGCUACAUUGGCUGGAGAGAACAUCAAGCCAAGGAGAAAGAAAAAAAGAAAAUGGAAAUAGAAGCCCACGAAAGAGUUCAGAUGACUAAUGAAAAGGAAAGUGUACUUAAAACCAAAGAGGAACUCAAGGCAGACCUUGAACAGCGGAAGGCGUUAUACAAUAAAGAUUGGAAGAAAGCCCUACUAUAUCCUGACUGGAGGAAGGAACAUUUCAAGCCUGCUUCUGUAAUUCUAAAUCACCAAAUGACUCAGUCGAACAAUUCUGACCCAAAGAGCAAAGAGAACCGCAGAGAAGAAACACGGGAACUACCUCCUAGUGAUGAGCAAGGAGAUGGCAACCUCAUCACACUUAAACAGGAACCCUUCGUGUCAGGAAGACAUUACUGGGAGGUGGAUGUUGAGAAUGCUGCUGGGUGGACCGCAGGCAUUUGUGAAGUACACAGAGAUGGGAAUGGAUCAUCCAAAGAGCCAUCAAGAAAGAAGUUCAGGGUCUUGGUGAAGAAAGGAGAUGAAUACAAGGCUCUUGCCUGUUGUUCCAAAAGUAUUUCUCUAGACACGUAUGUCUCAAUAGAAAAGUGUCCUCACAAGAUUAUGCUGUUCUUGGAUUAUGGGGAUAAUGACAUUUCUUUUUACAAUAUGACCGAUGGUACCCACAUCUUUUCCUUCACCCAGUCCAAUUUCUCUGGGCUGCUCUAUCCUUAUUUCAAACUUAGAAGCAUGGAGCUCGCGCCAUCUGCACAAUGUUAA